AGCUUACCAGUUGGGGUGAAGUCUCCUGUUGUCUGUAUGAAGCCGUCAGAGGCAUUACCCUCUACUUCUGUUUUGACUGAAAGGUCUGACAUAGGCCAUAAGCGUGGCUCAGAGGGGAGACGUCCUUCUUCUGCCUCUCGUAAGAACAAGCUUCUAGAGGAUGCCUUCGGAGAGGAUUUUGCGGAUACCCCUCCUCUGCCAGUUGAGCCCAGUAAGACUGUUGUAUCUGAAACUACCCCUGGGUGUCAAGAAUCAGGGGCUGUCGAAGUAACAAGUGUUGACCCUGUCAGUGUUGAUGUUUCCUUAUUAUCACCUACUGCUUCUGAGUCUCAUCCGGGAGAUGUCAUUGUUGUGUCUCCGAAGGGUACUAGCACUUUUGAAUCUCCUAGCGCUUUCUUGGAGCAGCUAACGUCUUCUGCCGUGCAGACACCGGUGUACCUCCCAAGUGAUUUGGGUGAAGAUGAUAGCUUGUUUACAUGCCAUUCGAAGACGUAUUCUUCUGGUGUGAGGACAAUUGCGCUGGCUUCUGAUAGCAUUAUGGUAUCGACGUUAGCUGAAGGUGAGAAGCCAGCUGCCCCCGUUGCUUUCGCGGCUGCAUCUGCAGGGGGAGAAGCAAGUGACAGAACAGGAGUAAUGUCGGAAUAUGGCCCCUCUGCGUCUACUGAAGUUAUGGAGGAAAUGCUACGCAUAAGCAGACCCCAUCUACCUACGAAAGCAAUCGGAUCCUUGAGCGGGCAAGGUGACUUAUUGCAGCAAGUAUCAGACCACAUCUGGAUGAGCUAUGUAUGCGCUUCUACUGCAAGGCGAGAAUAUGCAACGGCUAUACAGAAUGGCUCUAAACUGGCGGAGCAGAUGGCGAAAUUAGAAGAGGAGCGGGCAGGGAGAAAGAUGGCCGAGGCAAAUCGGGACGUGCUUGUGGAAGCCAUCAAGAAGUUAGAGGCAGAGCUGGCAGAGGCAAAAAAGAGGGUGACUGCCACAGAGGAGAAGCUGGUAGGCACUGUUGGGCUUGAAUUAGAGCGAGAUAAACUGAAAGCUGACUUGGUGGAUAUGACCAAUAAGUGGAUGGAGAAAAAUCAAGUCUGCGUUCAGCAUGAAGCCCGUAUGGAGAAGCUUAGCAGUAUGAUGAACGACCUUGAAGAGGAUAUAGUGUCGUUGCAGACUGAUAAGGAGAUCUUAGAAAAGGAGAAAAAAGAGCUGGAGCGAAGGUCAAACGGUCUUGAGGCCAGCGUAGCGGACGCCAAGAAGCAGAAGUUGGAGGCUGAACUUCAUUUAGGGAAGAAGAUGAAGGAAGCAGAAGAGGCAGUGACCGAAACCAAGAAGCAGUUGGAGGAGAUGGCAGAGAGGGCAGCGGAGGCGGCGAUUGAAGCCACUAGGCAGCGCAUUCGAGAUCGGGAUAUCACCGAACGCAAACUUGUGAGGGUGGCUGAAGUAGAUACUGCGAAGUAUCUGGAUAUGGCAUUACAUAAUAAGAAGCAGACCCCAAAGGAGAAAUGGGCAAAAAUGGAGAUGUAUUGUAAAAGCGUCGAUGUAAAAAUAGGAGAGUAUGAUGUCGACAAGUACUUGAAUGAACUUGGGGAUUUGCAUAUUUCCUAUCUGCCGUGUCAUCUGGAGAAGUUGAAGUUGAGGGGCGACGCGCUGGGGUCGAUGUAUAAUGCCAACGGGGAAGCUGUUGAAGAUAGUGUUGCCAAUGUGGCGUCUGAUCAGAAGGCAUCAGGAUCCGCGCCUGUUGCAGAGGCCAAGCCAGAUGGUGAAAGAGGUGUGAGUCAUACAAUUUAUUCGGAUUAGAAGCUUCAUAGAACCUUCAGGCCAUUGCGUGCGAGAUACACCGAAAGAUUAUACAGAUGGUGGGAGAGAAUGCCCAAUUAAGUGUUGUGUGAAUGAUCCGUCUUGGUGUUUUGGUGAUGGGUUGGAGCUGACAACAUUGUUGUUGCAGGUGAGCACCGUGAGCGGACGAAGGUUCCCUUUUUGAGGAGAAUCUUUGACAACCCACAGUGGCUUUACUCAACAUGGGCUAUGGAAGAGCUUAUCAGAAGUGGCAUCCCAUACUAUAUAUCGUGUGAACACUAUGGGUUAGGCCAUCCGAAGCUAGAGAGUGCAAUGGCAGAGUACAUGCGUCGUAUUGAAUGGGAUUAAUUAUGGGAAAGAAAAUAGUUGUUCAUAGAGAAUAGAUCAAUUAUGAAAUCAGGAAUUAAUAUCGU